ACACUUUGUACGAAAAGCAAGGUUUUUAUACUGGUGAUUUAAACAACAGUGCGACAAUAAGAAGUUGAAAAGUACGUUACGAAAGUAUUGACAUGCCAUCCACAAGCUAUAAUGUAAUCCCGGAAAUAAAAACGCCUGUGUCAUAUGAAAGCACUAUCAAAUCGGGAACGCAUGGCGGAAUACAUCAGAAACAACUUGCACAGGUUUUGCUGCUCAGGAUGACACGUGCAAGAAUGGAUUUUCAAUUAGCAUACGAACUCACUGCAGCGGAUAAGUUUGACAACAUAGGGAUUCACGAUAAAAAGGCGCAGCAAUGGAUAUUCAUACAUUACAAGCAUGCAGAUGGCAAGCAAUCCAAGAUAGAUCAGAAUGGAUUACUUCCGAAAAUGAACCGUGAAAAGGGCGAUUUUAGUUUGUACAAAUAUUUUCAAUCCUACAUGACUAUCCGAAGUAGAUUUGAAGGCAAAAUUAGGCUUAUGCUAUUCACUAACAAAUCACUUGAUGGAAAGUUGCAGAAUUCAACGGAUUGUGUGACGUUCGAAAAUCGAGAUGUGGACAAGUGUCUUCAAUUUUCUCAUGAAGGUGCUACUCACAAAAAACUUCUACCGACUGAAGAAGCGGUACAAUCAAUCAUCAAGAAUGCCAACAAAGACUUUUAUUCCCUGAAGCAAGCUAUCAAGGACCUUUUCAUUGAUGGAAUCAUCACAAAAGAGUUGAUCGAAUACGACUUAACUAAGAUAUUGGAAAAAUCGGGAAAUAAUAAAAUAAGAUUUAAAAAAACAUUCAACUGUUCGCUGAAUUGCAUUGCUCAAUUGCAUAAGGAUUUCAAAAACAUUAAUCCUGUUCAAUGCCCGCCGGACCUCGUCAUUGUGGAACCAGAUAAUCAGAUUACGAAUUGUCCAUCAGUUGACAGUAGUGACUUUAAGGAGCUUAAAGACGGCAUCAGAAAUCUAUUUGAAAAGGGAGUUGUGUCAAAACACUUGAAACAGUAUAAAUCACUACUGAAUAUUUUGUUCACAACAAACCCCAGUGGUCAGCUUAUUUCCAGAGACAACAAUGACGUCAUCUGCCUUGCUGAGCUGUACAACAUGUUGAGUAAUGAGUUGGAGGAUAUGAAAAAAGUGGUAAAAACAAAGCGGAAGCUGUUUGUUGGGAAGACUUGUCGAAGUAGAGGGUUACCAUUGCUUGCGGAGGCAUCGGACGUGAGAAACUUUUUUGAUCAACUAACCUUAGCAGUGCGUCAGCCGAGUGAUUUAUGUCCCUUUAUCAUAAGAGAACUAAGUUCUUGGAUGAGAAUUUGGCUACGUCCUGAUGUUCUCGGUAAAUUGACAGAAGAGCAAGAACAUUCAGUUGUUAAGGCGUUUGAAGUCGAUUUUGAAGCACAGCUUAAAAUCAAAACGAACAAUUUGAGGGAUUAUUUAGAUCAGCAUUUUCUCGAGAAAUUUUAUAACAAGCUACGAAUAAAAAUUGAAGAAUUUUACCCGGAGUUAAAAGAUGCAAGAGAGACGUAUAUAAGCAGGCUUGUGAUUGUUGAAGCAGAUUAUAACGUUGAAAAUAUUAAAACAGAUACAGCUUCUGGAAAUCCUGAACAGUUAUAUCAUAACAAAAAAGACGUAAAAAUGACAGAUAAACAUUUUGCUAGAAUCUUGAAGAGAAUUUUUACACAUUAUCAGAGUUUAAUUAUGACUGCUGAUCCUGGUAUGGGUAAAACUAAGUUCCUACAAUAUGUUGCCCUUGAAUAUCAAAAACUUAAUGUUGAUACAGUUUUUCUGCUAUAUUUGAACAGAUUGCAGGGCUAUGAAACUCAUUCGAAAAAUAAUGAAGGCUUAGGUAUUCUCCAAACAUCAUUAUCGGAUAAAAAUAUCAAGCUCAUACGCAAUAUUUUAAACAUGGAAUCUAAUCAUUGCAUUACUAUGUUUUUCGACGGAUAUGACGAAGUCGUCAAAAAGAAUAGAAACAAAAUACACAACCUGUUCAAAAAGUUACUUAAAUCCAAAAACCUGCAUCUUAUUGUUAGCACUAGGAAGAUUGUAAAACAUAUAUUACAUGAGGCUUUUGAGAGAGAUAAAAUAACUGUAAAAUUCACCUCAUUGGAACCAUUUAGCGAACAAAAUUCUAUCGAGUAUCUAGCAAAAUCAUGGAAUUGUGGAAUGUACGUGAAUCAUGAUUUUUAUUUCUUUUCAAAGUAUUUGGUUAAUCAAUUAAAUGCAAGCUUCAACGUUUUAGGGAGUGUUCCAUUGAUGAUCAGAAUAGCGGCGGUGACAUACAAAGAAAAUUUUGAAAAGUUCAGAAUUUUACGCAUUACUGAUAAAGAAAGCUAUUUACCGAGAGUAUUUUCAGAUAUUGAUCAUAUCUACGAAUCGUUCAUAACUAGAGCUUUGCGGGCACAUGUAAAGGAUAUGUACUACGGUACCGAUAUUCAAAACCUAGCUAUACUACUUACUGAUGGUUUCAUAGUUGAUUAUCAAAUGUUGGCCAUUGAAUUUCUGGAUAUUGAUGAAUUAAAUUUUGUUUUCAAAAAUCCUAAAUACAUAGAAAAGGGUAAAACUAUCUUCAAACAAAGUCUCGUUCGUUCGGAUGAAUUUAACCUCAUCACAAUCGUUGAUGAUAAAGCGUACUUUAGCCAUCAUACCUAUGCAGAAUAUUUCGUUGCAACAUUCUUGUGGGAUAAUUUUUUUGAUUACUAUUAUGUUGUUGAACGUAUUCUGAAAAAAUGUAGCACUAUCAGAAAAUUUGUUAUGAAGAUGAUUGAAAAUGAUCUGAUUGUAUUCCAACAAAUGUCAGUUGUACAAGAACAAAUUGUUUCGGAAAAUAUAACUAUUUGGGCAUGUGAAUGUAAUGCAAUAAAUCUGCUGAAUUUCAUUCUGUCAAAAUAGAAAGAUGCAUUGAGGUAUAUUAGUUUUUGCAUAAAUGCUUUGAAACAAUUUUUGGCCCAAGUUCAAAUCAGCGAGGCAAAAGUUCGACCCGGAGCGUCAAUGAUUAACAGGUCGCAAUGAUUGAUUAAGUGAAUAUUGAUUAAAUUCAAUUUUCUCAUGAUUAAUGAUUAUGAUCAAU